AUGCUGCGCGCGCUGCGCGAGCGGGCGCCCCGUUGCCGCGCGGCAGUCAUCACGCUGCCGCCGAUUGGGGAGGAUCUUGGAGACGCGGCCAACGUUAAGGUGCAGCAGUACAACACCACCCUGCGGCAGCUGGUGGGGCGCUACGCCGACUCAGCGCGCCUCGUCGACUUCCACGCCGCCUGCGUGGAGCACUUAGCCGCGCGCGCAACGCCGGCGCCGCCGCCGGCGGGGCUGCCGUCGAUGAGUCUAUGGGGCAUGGUGUGGAUCCAGGUGGCUGCGGUGGUCAGGCGGUACGUUUUUCGGUCUUCAUGGAACGCGGUGUCGCGGGUCAACGGCCUGCGCCUGCUGACGGACCACGUGCACCUGAACGACACGGCGGCGGCGCUGCUGGUGCGGUCACUGCAGCCCUUCGUGGAUGAGCUGAUUGCCGGCAGCUGA